AUGAGAAAAACAUCUAAAAGUAAAAAAAGAAAAGCAAGUGAUAAAUCUUCUUCGAGAAAAAAUAGUUCACAAGAUACGUUUGACACAAAUAGUUCUAUUAACGAGAAAGCACAAGAUGGUUUUAACGAUGAACCAAGUAAUUUAGAAAAAGCGGAAGAAAGUACAAAUAAUUCAUAUAAAGUAAAUAAUAAUAAUAUAAAUAAUGAUGAUGAUGAUGAUGAUAUAAAAUUUUUGAUUGAACAUGUAGAUUUUCAACAGUUUUGUGAUAUAAAAAAGAAGGGAAGUGUCCCUUAUAAGAAUAAAAAAAAUGAUGAAAAUAUAAAUAAUAAUAAUAAUAAUAAUGAUAAUAUGAAUGGUGAUAUGGAAUAUAAUAACAGUCCUUUAAACAUCAUCGGAAAAACAUAUGAUUAUUUAAGAAGAAAAAAUUUUAAAUCUGUACAUUUAAAGAAAUUAGAAAAUUAUCAAUAUUUUGAAAAAAUAUUAUGGCCCUAUUACAAUAUGUAUGAUAAUUUCUAUGAACUAAAUAAUAACAGCAUAUUUUUUCAUUCGAAUGAUGAAUUAAAUAAUAAAAAGAAUGUACAUUUAAAACAUUUGUUAUCUAUCGUAAUAUUCCUUUGUUAUAAAUAUGAAGAAAAGGGAAAACAUGAAAUUUGGGAACAAUUAAUAUAUAACAAAAUUGACGAAUUUGAUAAACUAGUAUAUAAUGAAAAGAAUGGUUUAAAUAGAAAUUCGACUACUUUUGAUAUUGAUGAGAAAUAUAAUUUAUAUAAAGAAUUUCUUAUAGAAAAAUUUAAUAAUUUAUUUUUUAAUACACUCAAGUUAAUAAAUUAUAAUUUUGUUAUCAGUGAAUUUUUAUCAUCAGAUUUGAAAGGUAACAAUGAUCAAAUAUUGUUGGAUAAUUUAAAAAGAUAUAGAAAAAAAUUAUUUAAAUUAAAUUUUUUAGAAAAAUCUUAUAUAUUACAAUUUUUUAUAAAUAUUUAUUCUAGUAUAGAUAAAAAAUUUCUAUUUAAAUUGUGUGUAGAUUUAUGUAAUCCAUUUAUAUGGAUAUAUAUAAAUGAUACAUAUUUAAAUACCUUUCUAUUUAAAACAAAUGAAGAUGCUAAGGUGUUAUAUAAUAAUAUAUUAAAUGUUAUGAAAAGAAAAUAUGACAAUUAUGAAAAUUAUGAUAUAUUAUCAAUAUAUACAAGUAAUUGUGUUGUAGAUACUCAAGAGCAGGAACAUAAUAUACCAAAUCAUGAUAAGAAGAAAAGGAAAAGAUCAUCUACAAAAAUAAAUAACGAUAUACAAAAUGAAGAAAAUAAAUUUUGUUAUGAUGAAAAUGUUAUAUUAUUUAUAAAUAAAAAUGCAUUUUUCUACAAUCUUAUAAAUUACUUUUUAUUAGUUUUAAAUUAUGUAGAAAGGAAUAAUUUUGAUGAAUUAUAUGAUACAGAUAUUUUGUCGGAUACAUCAAAUGAUGAGAAUAUAUUUGACAAAAUGAACAUUUUUGAAAAUGAUGAUGAUGAUGAUGAUAUAUAUACUUUUGAUGAUAAUAAAAAAAUUGGUACACAACUUUUAGAAAAAUUAAAAAUAAUAAAUGAAAAUAUCACAGAGGAAGAAAAUACAAUUUCGUAUUUAGAAGAUAUGGAUAUAUUAUUGAAAUGUGAGAACAAAAUUAAUGAUGAAAAGUAUAAUAAGAAUAUAAAUAUGUUAAUUAAUAUUGAUUUACAAAAUAAAGAAGAGAACUUUGAAAAUGAUUAUAAAUAUGUUUCUAGUGAAGAUGAUAUAUAUGAAUAUAAUGAAUAUAAAUAUAAUAAUAAUAAUAAUAAUAAUAAUGAACAUUAUAAGAAAGAAGAAAUAUUAAGUUUAUUUUCAAAAUAUGAAAAAAAAGUUAAAGAUAUGAAUAAUAAAGAAUAUAUGUAUAGAAAAAAUAAAAUUCAAAAAAAAGAUACAUGCACACAAAAUAAUAAUAAAUAUAUUUUAUUAUUUCUUGAGAAGUGUAUUGAGUUUUUUAUCGAUUUAUUAAGUCAACUUUACUCUAGACGAAUAUUAUUUAUCUUUUUAAAAUAUUUCAAUGUAUUUAUUUAUUGUAAAAUAUCGAAAUUGAAUAAAGAUAAGAGGCAAUUCAAAGAAUUAGUAAAAUUGUUUAAAUAUUAUAUGGAAAUAUAUAUAGAUAAUUUUUCAGGGAACCCAUUAACAUAUUUGGAAAUUAAUAACGAACAUUAUAAAAACUUUGAGUCCUUCCAGAUAUUUUGUUAUAAAUAUUAUAAGGAUCAUAAUAUUUUAAAAAAUUAUUAUUUAAAAUCUGUUUAUGUGAUGGAUAAGAAAAAAGAAAUGUGGGAAAAUCUAACCAAAUUGGAUCACCAUGUGUUAUCCUUUUUGUGUCAGAAUUUAAACUAUGUAAUCAAUAUAGAUACAUAUAUUGACAAUGAUGAAAGUAUGAGUGAACCGAAAAAAAAGCUGAGCCUUACAAGUGACACAGAUGUAAAUAUGGAUAAAAAUAUAAAUGAUAAUAUAAAUGAUAAUAUAAAUGAUAAUAUAAAGGAUAAUAUAAAGGAUAACAUAAAUGAUUAUAAUAAUAAUAAUAAUAAUAAUAGUUGUAGUAGUAGGGGAAAAAAAGGAAGAAAGGGGAAGAAUAAAGAAAAUGAAGAAAAAGUAGAAACAAAAAGAGAAAAUAAUGAGGAGAAAAAUAGAGAACAAUUUAAGUGCUACAAUGAAAAUAAAUAUAAUUAUUUAUUUAAUCAUUUAAAUAUAUUUCAUGAAAAGAAAAAAAUAUUUUAUAUUAUAUUAUUAAUUGAAAAUUUAAGUUUUAAAAAAAACAUUUUUGAAGAAAUUGAAAAAAAGUGUGAUUAUCCAAAUGAAAUGGAUUUAUUUGAUAAUAUAUUAAUUUAUUCUAAUGAAGAUGUAAAAACUAAUAAUGAAAAAAAGAAAAAAAAGAAAUAUAUACUUUAUACAAAACCAUUAUUUAAAUUAAAUUUACAAUAUUUAUGUAUAAAUGAUUAUAUUUUUAGAAUAUAUAAUUUAUUCAAAUUACAAAGUUAUUAUGAUAUAAAGAAAAAUAUUUUAGAAUAUGUAUAUGAAACUAAUCCAAAAAAUAAAAAGGUAAAUGAAAGUAGUAUAUUAAAAUAUGUAUAUGAAAUAGAUGAUGAUGGUAAAAUAGAUUAUCAUAAUAUGAAUGAAAAAGAAUAUAAAAAAAAUUAUUAUAAUAAUGAAGAAACGAAUAAUUAUCAAUCAUCUAAUACUAUAGAUAAUGUAAAUAAUAUGAGGAAAAAAAGAAAAUCGAAUAAUGAAAUAGAAGAAAAUGAUAUUAUUCUUUAUAAUGAUAAUCAUAUACAUAAAAAUACAUAUAACGAAUAUCAAUUAAAAUCUAUUAUAAUUGAUAUUAAUAAAAUAGAAAAUACCUAUUUUGCUAAUGAAAGGAGAAUGAGUAAUAAAAUUGAUUCAUUCAAAAUUAUGAAUGUUGAUGAUGAUAAUAAAAAAGUGACCGCAGAAAUAAUUAUUGAUUUACGAUAUAAACAAUAUGAAAGAAUCAAAAAUGAAUGGAAUAUGAUUAGAUCUUCUGAUAUAUUAUUUCUUGUAUCUGUGAAAAAUUAUACUAAUCUAUAUAAAAAUAAAUUAAAUGUUAUUAAUGAUAAUGAUAUGAAAAAAUUAUUAGGUAUUAAUUAUGUUAGAGGUUGUGAAGUUAUAAAAUAUUCAAAUAUAGGUAAUGAUGAUGAAGAUAUCAAUAAUGAAAAAUGUACUUUAAAAAAAAUUACAGUAUAUUUAGAUUAUAUACAAUAUCAAAAAGAUAUUCUAAAUAAUCCUGACAUAUACGAAUCCUUUAAUCUUCUAAUAAGAAGAAAACAAAAAGAAAAUAAUUUUUAUUACAUUCUAAAUAAUAUCAAGACAUUAAUUCUUAAUCCUGAUGAUGCAAUUAUUCCUCAUUGGGUCCAUGACAUAUUUUUGGGUUACUGUGAUAAUUCGAUAAAAUAUUACGACGAAACAUUGCACAAUGCUUAUCAUCCUGAUAAGGAUGAACAGAAUGUAGAAGAUGAAAGUGAUAGUGAUAAUAACAAUGAUGAGUACCAAACGGACAGCAACGAUAAUAAUAAUGAUAAUAAUAGUGAUGAUAAUAAUGAUAAUAAUAGUGAUGAUAAUAAUAAUAAUAAUGAUGAGGACGAAACCCAUAGUGAUAAUAAUACAGAUAAUGCUCCUCUUAAUGACCAUAAUAAUUCAAACACAAGUGAUGUUUUAUCAAAUGUCGAUGAGGCACAAUCAUCCAAAUCAUUAAUCAAAAAUAAGAUCUCCUACAAUAAAUCUCUUUUCAAAUUUAUGAAAACAAAUGUAGAUGAUAUUAAUUACUUGAAUACCUUUUUGAAUAUAGGACAUAUACUUAAAACGACGAAUGUUGGAUAUAUGUGUGUGGAUUUGUCUUAUAUGAACAUAUUAAAUGAUAAUAAUUUUAAUGUGCAUGAUUUUUUAAAUGAAUAUAUUGAACCACUGUAUUUAAGUUAUGUACCAAUAAAAUAUGAACAUGAAAAGGAUUGUAUGAAAAAAAAUGUCUUAGAAAAGAAUAUUAUAGAAAGUUUAUUUUAUCAUAUUUGUGUAAUCAAUAAAUAUAAAAUUGAUGACACCAGUUUUGUGUCAAAGUUUGUAGCAAAUAUUGAUAUUGUAUAUGAGUGUAAUAAUUUUUUUGUAUUCCAAUUUGAAUUUAAGGAAAAGAAAUAUUUUUUAAUUUUCAAUAACUUUUUAAGUAAGCAGCAAAAUCAGAAAAAUGUUGUGCAGCAAUUUGAACAGAAUCAGAAAGAAGAUGUUUCCACAAAGAAGAAAAAAAUAAAAAAAAAUAAUAAUAAUGAUAAUAAUAAUGAUGAUAAGGAUGGUAAUAGUGAAGCAAACCUUGCUAACAACCUACAAACAAAUAACAACAAAUGUGUUACCAUUAAGGAUCAUAAUAAAAUAAAAAAUAUUUAUCAUAAAAUUAUAGAAGAUUCCAUAAAAUAUCUAAGAAUUAAAGAUGGUAUAUAUCGAUUACAAAAUAAAAUAUAUGAAGAUCCAAAUUAUCCUCUAGAAGGAUUGUUAAUACAUACACAAAAAAAGAAUAGCACAAAUGUAAAAUACAUAAAUAAUGAGAAAAAAAAAGAAAUUAUUAAAAAAAAUAUAUAUUAUACUGAAAGACAAAUAGAAUGUAUAAAGAGUGGUAUAUAUAAAGGAAUAACCAUUAUUGAAGGGGUUCCAGGUAGUGGAAAGACUAGUAUCUUAAAUAAAAUUAUCAAUAUAUUGUUUAAUAAUAAAAAAAACGAAAAAAUACUUAUAUGCACCCAUAGUAAUAGUUGCUUAAAUUAUAUUUUUAAUUUAUUAGUAAAAGAAAAUGUAAUUCAUCAAAAAUAUUUGUGUAGGGUUGGUAUGGGUGAAGUAGAUUCUGAAAAUUUUAUAAAUGAAUAUGACAUUAUGAAUGAUAAGUUAAAUAAACAAUAUAAUAAGAAAGAUGAAUAUAUGAACACCUAUGAACUUAAUAAUAUGUAUAAUAAUUAUGAUGAUGAAAAUUUUAAUUUUUCCAAAUAUGGAAGAAUAAAUUAUAUGUUAGAUUUAAGACAAAAAUUAUUAAAUGAUCUUAAUUUAUUAUCAGAAUCAUAUAAUAACCAAAAAAUAUACAAUUGUUUAACUGCUAAUCAAUAUUAUGAAAGAUAUGUUAAAAAAAGAAUUUACUUAUAUUUUCAAUUUGUUUAUCUUUUUAAAAAUAAAUUUAAUAAUGAAGAGAACAAGAUGGAUGAAUUCUUUAAUUUAUAUUUCUCAUUGUCUGCUGAAGAUUAUGAUAUAUAUAACUUAUUUUUAUGUCCUAAGAUAUAUGUUCAGGACCAUGAAGAUAAUAUAAAUGGAUUAUUAUGGAAAAAUUAUAAUAUAGAAGAAAACAGUAAUUGUAAGAAAAUUAAAUGUAUGGAUUUAUUAAAAGAUGAUGAGCCAUAUUUUUAUUUGAUACACCCAAAAAAUCAAUUAAAGGUAUUAAAUCUAAGUAUAUAUAAUAUAUUAUUUCCUUUUAAAAAAUAUCUAAAUUUAAAAUUACAACGUAUAUCUCUUCAAAUGUAUCUAGAAAAUAAAAGCAAAUUAUAUGAAGCUGAGAAGGGAAAAUAUAAUUUACAGGUACUUGAUAAAAUUGUGGAAACUAAUUUGAUAUCAGAUGAAAAUCAUAAUACUAAUGGUGUAAUCAAUGUGGAAUAUGAUGACAAAAACAAUAAUAAUAAUAUUAUUAAUAAUAAUAAUAAUAAUAACAAUGACAAUGUUGAUUCUUUAAGUGAUAAUUAUGGUCAUAACGUUCAAAAUAGUGCUCAUAUAGCUAAGAUAAAUGAUUUAGAAAAUAAUGAUAAAAAUGAUAAAAAUAAUAACAUAUUGAAAAAAAAUAAUAAUACAAAUCCUUAUAUAAAUGACGAUUUAGACGAAAAUCAUUUCAAUAUACAAUUUCAACAGGGAGAAGAUGAUUUAUAUGUAAGUAAAUAUUAUUUAUCCAAAUUAGUUAAAAAUUUCGAACAUUUAAAAGAUUGUAGAGCUUUUGAAGUUUUAAGAAAUCAAAGAGAAAGAUGUACUUAUAUUAUUGCUAAGCUAGCUAGAGUAAUUGCAAUGACAUGUACACAUGCAAGUAUUAAUAGAAGUAAAAUAGCGAAACUACAAUUUUAUUUUGAUAAUAUUAUAAUAGAUGAAUGUACACAAAUAACAGAAAAUGAUACGUUUUUACCUUUAUUACUUCAAGAAAAUAGAUAUUAUAAAAGUAAAUUAAAAAGAAUUAUAUUUGUUGGAGAUUCAAAUCAGUUACCUCCUAUAAUAAAAAAUAAAUACAUCAAAGAUUUUGCUAAUUAUGAACAAUCUUUAUAUAAGAGAUUUUUAAGAUUAGAUUUACCAUCUAUAUAUUUAAAUGAACAAGGUCGUAUGAGAAGUGAAAUAUGUAAUAUCUAUAAAUAUUUCUAUAGUAAAUAUAAUAUUGAAAUAUCUAAUUUAGAAUGUAUAUAUAAAGACAAUUUUGUAAAAUCAUUCAAUCCGGGUUUUACAUAUACAUAUCAGUUUAUACAUGUACCAUCUGAAGAAUAUUCUCCUAUACCCUAUUUUUAUCAAAAUUUAUUAGAAGCUGAAAUGACGGUUGCAAUAUAUAUGUAUAUGAGAUUAAUAGGAUAUCCAAAUGAUGUAAUAACAAUUUUAACAACAUAUAAUGGUCAAAAAGAAUUAAUAUUAGAUAUAUUAAAGAAAAAUUGUAUGUAUAAUAAGUUAAUAGGUAUGCCUAAAAAAGUAACAACUGUUGAUAAAUAUCAAGGAAAACAAAAUGAUUAUAUUAUAUUAUCAUUAGUACGAUCAAGAAGUAUAGGAUAUAUGAAAAAUAUUAAAAGAUUAAUUGUAGCUUUUUCUCGAGCAAGAUUUGGUUUAUAUGUUCUUGGUAAUUACAAUUUGUAUAAGAAGGCCUAUGAAUUUAAAAAGCCUCUAUAUUUUUUUAAAAAAAAUAAAUUACAAUUAUCUUUACAUAUAAAUGAACAUUAUUUAAACACAACAUAUAGACAUAUUGAAAAUACUUCGAAUAAUUCAUCUUUAAUUAUAAAUGAUCUGAACCAUUUUUACACAAUAAUAUAUUCCUUAUUAAAUUAUCAAUUGGAACAGCCCAAAAAAUGA